CUCAUAUAGGGCAACAAGUUGAGAGUCCUGGCAACACUCCACACCACCGCCUCCACCGCCACUCACCAACGGAUCCCGGUGCCUUGUGGACUCUUUCUUGCUCCCCUCACAUCCACCAGCAGGUGUCAUGAUUGCCGUGGCGUGGGUUCUCCUCUCGGGCGUGGCUUGGUGCCUUGCCUCUCCCCUCACCCCCGUACCAGGCGCCAUCGAAGCCUCCCCCUCUACCCACAAUGCCCCAGGAAGUGACAUCCCCGAGAUUCCCCAAGAGAAGAGACUACUCAAGUACUUCCUCCCCAGCAGCUCCUCAUGGAUGCCCACUCAGCAGGAAGGUUCCAAGCGUGGCUACAGCAAGAACUAUCUGAGGUUCGGUCGCAGUGAAGAAGACAAGAGGGGAGGUCGCAACUUCCUGAGGUUCGGCCGCGCUGACAUCAGCAGCAUUGAAGAUACCGACAUGCUCCCAGAGACCGAAGACUCCCUGGAGAAGAGAAACCGUAACUUCCUACGUUUCGGCCGCGACCGCAACUUCUUGAGGUUUGGACGCUCCGACGCCGAGGAAUUCGGUCUGCCCGGGGGACCCCUCGCUUUCUCCAACCUGCAGGAAGACGAUACUGAGGACUACCCUGUGGAGGAGAAGCGCUCUGGUCACAGGAACUACCUCCGCUUCGGCCGUGGCAACAGGAACUUCUUGAGGUUCGGACGUGACGACAGCCGCAACUUCCUUCGCUUCGGACGCUCUGUUGACCGUCAGCUGAAAGAACAGAAGGCCCAUGAAGCACCCCUUGCCCCCACCGUUGUCCCCCACUCCCCCGCCAAGACCCAGGACUCCCACCGCUCCAAGAGGUCUGCCAGCCCCUAUAACUACGUGGUGAUGCCCUCCCACGGCCCCGCUGCCUGGGCCCAGGACUUCCAGCCCGACCAGGAAGACGAGGACCUUGACAUGGCCAUUGACGGACCCGAAGGCGCCGUGAGCAAGCGUGGCUACAACAGGAGCUUCCUUCGCUUCGGUCGUGACCGUAACUUCCUUAGAUUCGGCAAGAGGAACGACGAUUCUGCCUCCGACGUGGUAGUGGUGGAGCCCGCCAGCUACCCCCGCUACCAGAGGGCCCCCCAGCGCAACUUCCUCAGAUUCGGUUGAGCUGUGACAGGUCUCCGGGCCGCCACUCUCCCCACCCCGUCCCCUCCCUACCUUUCUCCCGGACCGCCAGACACACACAUACACAUACCAUAUAUACACAUACUAUACUCGUACAUUCCCCAAUACUUAGAUGCCUAGUCGAACGCCAGUCGCCGCACCGCGCCCUCCCCUCACUGUUGUGCUGACCUGCGUGUCGCGUCAAGACUGCCGCAUUAAUCACCGCCACUCCUGCCACUCCCGCGAGGCGAUACGAGUGUCGUCGGAUCAGACGCACCAAAUAAUAAUCCAUUUAUGCAAACGAUGACGGCGGCGAGGCGCGGACGGCACCCUCAGCGCGUCGAAUGAGCUCCCCCUUACUAAGCCUGCAACCUCCUCUCUCCCCGGCGGUGACUCCCAGGCCGUGGCACUGCAAGACACGUUUCGCUGGACUUUCCCGAGAGGUGGAAGCAGCAGGGCAGCCAUGCUUAGUUUUGUUUCUCCUGAUGAAGGGGAGAGGCAUGGCUGGUCUCCACGGGCGUCUGAAUAUUUCCUGAAGAUGAUGAUGAAGAAUGAGUUGAAGAAUGAGGAGGAGUGGACGAGUGUAGCGAGCACUGAAGAGUGGAGUGUUUAGCAGUGUCUUUCUUUGAUUGUAAUGUUCUGCAGUGUAAGUUUAUCCUGUAGAGGAGAGUAGAGGAGAGCGCAUAACCCCUCACCAUCCCCCAAUCACUGUACAUCACUGUAUUCUUAAGGCACUAACGCGUGAUAUGUUCAAUGCCAGAAGUAUUAUAGAGUAUACAUGAGUAGUUUUUAGUUGGGCUGGGAAUAAUUGUAGAUAUAUUUAUUUACUUAUUUAUUUAUUUAUCUACUUAUAAGUUGAUUUAUUGUUAUUUUAUUAUUAUUAUUAUUAUUAUUAUUAUUACAACCGAGUGUUCUCUAGUCAGUGCAGGUCUCAUGAAGUCUCUCUCUACAUCUCGCUCUCUCUGAAUUCAAAUUGAGGUUUAAGUCAAAUACCUUAUUUUCACACACACACACACACACACACACACACACACACACACACACACACACACACCAUUUAGCUAUAAUAGAUACUAAGACAUACACUGAGGAGGUCUUAAGUGCUCGUUGCCACGUCUACUGAAGGCCACGAGAAAAAACAAGGAUUAGCAAGUAUACCAGUGCAAAGAGGUUACCGGGACUCCAGUUGAAAAGAAAACGUGCAUCAUUAUUAUUGUUAUCGUUCCUGAGGUCAAGAUAAUGGAGGUAUCUAAUGGUAAUAUGAUUUGAAUUUACCCCCCGAUCUAUAUGAUGUGUAAGGGAGUGUUGUAAGAGGCAGGAGGAGGCGAACCAUAGGCCAAUGAUAUUCAGUGACCAUUCUAAGUAUUGAUAUCACCGUGUCUCACUUUGUUGAAAUAAAAUAUUCAUUUCUCAAAA